GAAAAGCUAAAUACUAUUUAUUUAUCGCUAUUUUGCUUCGAACUUCUUUUGUAUGCGAACCACAACCGUUAUGAACCAUUAAGGAUCUUUUUUUUUUUUCUUUACGCAGCAGAACCGAAACAGAACUUUUUUCAAUGGAACGAUACUGAAACCAGAACGAAAAGCAUUUCGCUCUGACACUCUGACGAAAGCACUGAUCUUACAGGUGUAAAGCGUCAUGACAUUCAGGAGCUUACUCGCAACUUCUCUUCUUCUCACAAGUGUGUUUCCUGCAGGGGCAUCGAAAAUUGGAGACAGACGACGACCAUUCUUCAUUAUCGGUCACAUGGCCAACACUUUGGGGGAGGUCGAUGCGUUCCUAAAAGAUGGUGCCAAUGCCGUUGAGGUGGACAUUGAGUUUGCCGAUAACGGCACCGUGCUGGGGACAUAUCACGAAAUGUUUCCUUGCGAAUGUUUUCGGGUCUGCGGCAAGCGAGAAAAAAUCAAGACGUUUCUAUCGCACAUCCGCGAGAUUACCGGUGCGCCAAGCUCCCCAUACGCCGGAAAAAUGAUACUUUUAUUCCUCGACUUGAAGACCUCCAAGCUUCCCGCCACCUCCAAGUUCACGGCCGGGCUCACCCUUGCUGAGAAUCUUGUUUACCACCUCUGGCAAGGCGUGUCUAAAGAUUACCGUAUGAACGUUUUGCUUUCCAUCGGGUAUGUUGAAGACAAAGACGUUCUGAGAGGAGCCAUCAAGUAUUUGAAGCAGAAGGAAUAUUCUCCCCUUCUGCGCAAAGUUGGUUACGACGUGGGUAUGAACGGUGAUCUGAAAAGCAUCAAGCGCAUGUACAAAAAGUUGGGCAUCAGACGCCACCGGUGGCAGGGCGAUGGUCUCAUGAACUGCUUUCGAUUCUUGCUACCAACCGAGAGGCUGAUAGAGGCAAUCAAGCAACGUGAUAGGCCGGGCGGUUCUAUCGACAAGGUGUACUACUGGACCGUCGACCUGCCUGCCUAUAUAGCGGAUGCUAUCAAGAUUGGAAUUGAUGGCAUCAUUACCAACAGGCCCGACAACGCAUUUUACGUCGUAGUACACGAGUUUGCAAAUCAACUUAGGGUCGCCGGUGCUGGCGACAACCCAUGGAAGAAAUUUCGGAGACAUCUGAAGGAGGCGACCAACGAGGUAGACGCUAACACCGACAUACUGGAAGAACAGUACAUCAAGGAGCUGUUACCAGAGUAAACCGACAUGCGGCCUCGUUGAUCACAAACUGUUCCCUCUGGUAUAUACAUUUGCGCUCCUCACGGGGUAAAAUUGUAUGCUACUUGCAAACUGGCGACGCACACUGGCAUUUGCUCAUGCACAAUCUUCUGGGUAUUAAAAAAAUUUAUUGGUGCUAAGGCAAUACUCGCAAGAAAAAAUUUUACAUUCAACUGCAACAUAAGGAUUUGUGAGGAACUCGUUUAUAGCUAAAUUUGUUCGUAUCUUUUUAGAACAAAUGCACAUCUUCCGUCACUCAUCAGGUGGUAAAACCGGCUCAGCACAGUAACAUUUAAAUAAAGAAAUCCUUCAUUAUUUGC